AUCCCCUGUCAGUAGCCAGCCUUACCAAUUCCUUUCCCCCUUUUUUUUUUUUUUUAAUCCCUGUCGUCUCCCCAUCACCCCCCCCCUUUUCACGGCAAACUUUUGGCAAUAGCAGGGAUAAUCGCUUCGUGCUCCGGUGAAUUUCUCCUCGCAAAUGUCUUUCGAGCAGGGGAGCCAUUAGAAAAAAAAAUUGCCAGAGAGCAGAGGAGAGAACCUGGGAUCCCAAUAAAUAUGCAAAGUGAAGGCUCUGCUAAGCAGAUUUCUUGCAUUGCUUCCUGGGGGUGCUGAGAGCCGCCCGGAGAAUCACCGAUUUAUUUUAUUUUAUUUUUUUUUAAUUGCACCUUGUUGUCUUUAUUUUUUUUUAAUUUAUUUUUAAUUAAAACAAUCCUAACAAUAAGGGAGCAAGGAGGCAGCGAGGCGCUUGGUGAUCGGCACAGGGAGGCUCGCCGGGAGGAGCGGAGGCGAUCUGUAUGCAAGGUGCCUAGAGCGGGGUGCGAGACAUGCAACCGGCAAGCAAGCUCCUGACCCUCUUCUUUCUCAUCCUGAUGGGCACAGAACUCACUCAAGUGUUGCCUACCAACCCAGAGGAAAGCUGGCAGGUCUACAGCUCUGCCCAGGAUAGCGAGGGACGUUGUAUAUGCACAGUGGUGGCACCUCAACAGACGAUGUGCUCGCGUGAUGCCAGGACAAAGCAGCUGAGACAACUAUUAGAAAAGGUGCAAAACAUGUCCCAGUCGAUAGAGGUGUUGGACAGGCGGACUCAGAGAGACCUACAGUACGUGGAGAAGAUGGAAAACCAGAUGAGGGGACUGGAAUCCAAAUUCAAGCAAGUGGAAGAAAGCCACAAGCAGCACCUGGCAAGGCAGUUUAAGGCAAUAAAAGCGAAAAUGGAGGAACUUAGGCCUUUGAUACCAGUGUUGGAAGAGUACAAAGCCGAUGCAAAAUUGGUAUUGCAGUUUAAAGAGGAGGUCCAGAAUCUGACGUCAGUUCUAAACGAACUCCAGGAAGAGAUUGGCGCCUAUGACUACGAAGAGCUUCAGAACAGAGUGUCAAAUCUUGAAGAAAGGCUUCGUGCAUGCAUGCAAAAAUUAGCUUGUGGCAAGCUGACAGGAAUCAGUGACCCCAUCACAAUUAAAACCUCGGGCUCCCGGUUCGGAUCGUGGAUGACGGACCCGCUCGCCCCAGAGGGAGAGAACAAGGUCUGGUACAUGGACAGCUACCACAACAACCGCUUCGUCCGCGAAUACAAAUCCAUGGCAGAUUUCAUGAAUACUGACAACUUUACCUCUCACCGUCUCCCUCACCCAUGGUCAGGCACCGGUCAAGUGGUCUACAACGGCUCUAUCUAUUUCAAUAAAUACCAAAGCCACAUAAUUAUCAGGUUUGACUUGAAAACAGAGACCAUUCUCAAGACUCGCAGCCUGGAUUAUGCCGGCUACAACAACAUGUACCACUACGCCUGGGGCGGCCACUCGGACAUUGACCUCAUGGUGGACGAGAACGGGCUGUGGGCUGUCUACGCCACCAACCAGAAUGCGGGCAACAUCGUCAUCAGCAAGCUGGACCCCAACACCCUGCAGAGCCUCCAGACCUGGAACACCAGCUACCCGAAACGCAGCGCCGGGGAGGCCUUCAUCAUCUGCGGCACGCUCUACGUCACCAACGGCUACUCGGGAGGCACCAAGGUGCACUACGCCUACCAGACCAACGCCUCCACCUACGAGUACAUCGACAUCCCGUUCCAAAACAAGUACUCGCACAUUUCCAUGUUGGACUACAACCCCAAGGAUCGGGCCCUCUAUGCCUGGAACAACGGGCACCAAAUACUUUACAAUGUCACCCUCUUCCACGUCAUCAGGUCUGAUGAGUUGUAGUCCAUCCUUGUUUAGAAACUGAUUUAGAAAAAAAAAAUUAAAAAAAGGAAAAAAGGGAGAAACGAAUUAAAAAGAAAUACUAAUAUCGAGGAAACACACUUUAAAUAAGUAAAUAAAUAAACAGCUGCCAAAAUUAAGACCAACGUCAUGGAGGAUUAUUCAGCAUAAACCUGACAGAUCAGCAUUACCUCUACAUUUCUAGAAGUCUGGCCCUGUGUUAUAGACUCACGACUAACCAUGUACUUGCAGCUGGAACUGCACCUGAAGAACCACUUAAGUUUGGGGUUUUGUUUUGUUUCUGUUCCGAUAGCAAAUCUAUAGUACAUACUAAAGCAGUAAGGCAAUGACUGUUGGAAGUUUAUCUUUGGGAGACUCGCUCUCUUCUGUGUGUGGGUUGCAUGGACAUUUCCAACAUCACGGUCAGCUGUGAUGGAUGUGUGAUUUGUAUUUCUAAGCAGAAAAGCUGACCCGUGAGGAGCUCUCGCUGUCUGAACAAGACCUAUCACAGGUUAGUUUUAUUCGCCUUCCAUUGCAGCUACUGUCUCUCAACUGUGUUCUUGUCACUUAGAUUAACUGUGCUGAGACCCGAAGUAGCUCAUGGAUCUGUGUCUUAGUAACUAUUAAACACGAUGGUUUAAGUAUGUAUUAUGAACAAGUUGUUGUACCCAUAUUGUUUGAACUUAUGUAUUCAGCAAAUAUAUUGUAUAAUGUAUGUCUGUUAUUUACCAGAGGUGGCAAAACUUUGUAUGUCCAGUUUAUGCAAUGAAUGUUGUAAAUGCAAUGAUGUAGUUUGGAUUAAUAAAUGAUGGUUUUGUUUCUAAAAGAAAAAAAAAAUCAGUGUUCACCCUUAUACACAGAUAACCAAUUUCAUGUUGAUAAUUACAAGAAUAUUCUCUUACUGUUAUAAUAUCUACAUAGCAUUAUGGUGGUUGGAAAUCGCUUCCGUGGAAAUUCUGUGGCAUCAGAUUUCCAUGGAAAGCUCUGUUUAUGGAAGUGUGAAGGUAAUUUUUUUUAAGAGGAAAACUUUGUACUAUCCACAGUUAUCUAAGGAACAAUAAAAAUAUUAGGAGACUUC